AUGCGGUGCCCAAGCCCCGGGUGACGGUGACGGUGACCAAGGGCGACCGGCAACAGUGCAACGCCACCCUCAGGUGCUCCGUGGGGCUCCAGGAGGUGACCUACGAGUGGAUCCCCCCCCCUCAGGUCCUGCUGGAGGGUGGGGAGGGCCCCAUUCAGGAAGUCUCCUUCAACCCCUCGGAAGGCACCUACGUCUGCAGGGUCAGCAACCCGGCCUCCUCCAACAACGCCUCGCUCACCUACAGGCACCCCUGCUCCUGGACGGCUGAAUCCUUUUCUGACUCAUCCUGCACUGCCACUGGUGGGCUGGUGUUCCUGGGCCACCUCCUCCUCCUCUUCUUCCACCUGGCUCUGGCCUGA